AUGGGACCACCAGCUCCAAUGGCUGAUGAACCUCCUCUACCUCCAACGUUGCCAAUCAACAACAACGACGAAGUGGAGCCCUCAGCAGAAGUUUUUCCUCCAACACCAGCAGCUGGUCAAGCUUUAGACCCUGCAACUGCUGAGAGAUUUCAAGUUCCACAACAAGAGACUUUUGAGCAACGACGAGCACGAGUUGACCGCCAAGAAACUUUGUCUUUUGGACCCCGCAGGUCACAACUUCAAAGCUCACAUGGAGCUACACCAUAUGAUCGUCCUGCACGUGGCGAUGAUGAUGCUGCUGCCAACAUGGCUUUCAAUGUGGAGGACGUGGAACAAGAGUCACUGCCUGGUGACUGGUGCUUCAAGCCUGAGACUGGCUACUUUGAGCUGCGUGAAGGUGCCCGAGUACGUGAUUUCUGGGAGCUGAAAGCUGGAUGCCUCCUACGACAUCACUGCCACCAACGGCGCACUCUUUUCGACCCUGCUGGCAGCUCAGACAUACCAGUUCCACUUGACAAACUUGACAAUGUCAGGGUCACCAUUCACUUUGACCGUGACGGCAGUGCCAAGACCUUCACUGAUGAUUUCAGAAAUCCUCAGCAUCAUGACAAGGACCUGCGACAGCAUCAACUGCCAUCUACAUGGAAGGGCAUCACAGUUUUUCAAAUCAAUGCUGAAACCAGAAAAGAGCUCAACAUGUUUUCCAGCGACAGCAACCUCAGCUACCACGUUCAGAAUGCAAAGAAGGUCGCCCAAGGCCUCAAGAACCAACAUCAACGACAACAACGUCGAGAUGACCCUGCCGAGCUCUACGUGACUGAUAAUGAGAACAUGGAUGAAGAGACCUACGAACCUGCGUAUGACGACAUCCAUGUCGAGCCCUAUGAGCCUGUCGAGGCCUACGUAGCAACCCCAAAGAAUGCCAAGGUGAUAAAGUAUGUCAUCGCGGCGCUGACCUGGUUGCCUACGACCUCUGCAAUGCAUGCAGCUCCGGACCAUGAACAUGGACAGAGCGGAAUUUGGAUUUUCGCCAUUUUGGCGAUGAUGCUCCUUUGCCUCCUCCUUGGACUUUGGCUUGGUGCUCGAUACGAGCGACUGCGCCUGCAACAGGCAAUGGACCUUGCCUAUGCCCACGUGGACCAACUCCAACGAGAAGGUGCAGAACAGGCGGAUUUGAUUCGCCGACUUCGGUGUCAAUGCUAUGAUGUGGCUGGCCGCCGCAACGAGAUCGCGAAUGAACUGGAAGAAACAAGAUGCAACGCCAACGUGAUGGCGAUUAUGCUGGCCUCUCAAAUCGAAGCAAUUCGGUUUCUACAAGCAAGAACCGAUAGACUUCGAAGCCUGAUAGCCAACCACCAAGCUCCGUGCCCGCUUGGCGACACAGUCCUUGUGCAGCCGACACUGGACGGCUCACUGUGGCACAUCGACCCUGAGUGCCCCAUCAUCGAGCUAAACCGAGCUCACAUGGUGCAAGAGCACGACCAUUGUGAGUACUGCUGUGCGAGAGACCGAAACAUGGUGACAGACCGAGCUUUCACUGGACGAUGA